CGAUGGCAUUUGGGUUAUCCGCUUAAAACAUUCCACGGCGUUUGGAGCAGUUUCUUAGGUACUUUCUGCAGUCGCGAAUGGUUUUGUAUAAUAAAAGCGCACUGCAGAAGCGCUUUUCAUCCAUUUCCUACCACUUUCGCCUGACAAAUCGCUCAAUAUAACCCCACCUUCUCAAUCAAGGUUCCCCCUCUAAAACCCUACUCUCUUUUUCCCUCGGAUUUGUUUCUGGGUCGGAGGUUAUGGCUUCCGAUAGUGGUUCCAGAUCCAGUUCACCGGCCGAUUCGUAUAUAGGAAGCUUGAUAAGCUUAACUUCCAGGAGUGAGAUUAGAUACGAAGGUGUUCUUUAUAGCAUCAACACUGAAGAAUCCAGUAUCGGACUGAGAAAUGUACGUUCAUUUGGAACAGAAGGGAGAAAGCAGGAGGGGCCACAAGUCCCACCAAGCGACAAAGUUUUUGAAUUCAUCUUGUUCCGUGGAAGUGAUAUCAAGGAUCUACAGGUAAAAUCUUCUCCACCUGUUCAGACUACACCCUUGAUAAACAACGAUCCAGCUAUUAUUCAGUCUCACUAUCCUCGUCCAGUAUCUACUUCUUCAAGCUCGCUUCCUCCUGUUAGUGGGCCCUUGCCUGAUAUUAAUUCUCAGGCCAUACCUGUUGGAAUUCCUGGAUCUAAUUUCCAGGGUGGGUUGCCUUUAUAUCAACCUGGAGGAAAUGUAGGGUCUUGGGGAGCUUCCCCUUCGCCACCUCCUCCAAAUCCAAGUGAUGGUGGACUUGCUUUGCCAAUGUACUGGCAAGGGUAUUAUGGGCCCCCUAAUGGACUUCCUCACAUGCAUCAGCAAUCAUUACUUCGUCCACCACCUGGCCUGUCAUUGCCUUCUUCCUUGCAGCCGCCACUGCAAUAUCCUAAUCUUAAUGCUUCUUUACCCACUGGCGCAUCAAAUCUAUUAGAAGUUCCAUCUUCUUUAUUCUCUGCUAAUCCUACCAUUCCUAGUUUAUCAUCCACAACAAUGCCACCAGUAACUGUAUCUUCAACACUUCCAUCUGUGCUGUCAGUUCCACAGGCCUCUGAGAUAUCAUCAAGCUCAAUGGCCAGCCAGAAAGUACAUUCUGCUCUUCCUCAAGCUCCUCUAAGUUCCAACUUGCCAUCGCUCUCUCCUUUGACAGCAAGUUCGGAUGUUAGCCUUGUUGUGCCUCCAACUUCUAACAAAACUACUACAGUUUCUGGUCCAGCAUUGUCUUAUCAAACUAUCUCUCAAUCUACAUCCGCUGUUGUUGGAACAUCGAUUUCUGUUCUGACAAGUGCGCCUGCACCUACCCUUGUGACUCCAGGCCAGCUCUUGCAAACUACGGUAGUCUCUUCAUCUUUGCAGACAGUUCCAAAGGACGUGGAAGUGGUUCAAACAUCUUCCUCGUUAGCAGCCGAACAAACUGUUCCAGUUUCAGUGGAUACUCAGCCACCAUUAUUACCGUUACUGGUGUCUCCACGAGCCAUUCAUAAGCCAAAUGAUUCAACUUCACAAACUCGGCACAUCUACCGGGGACGUGGUAGAGGAGGACGAUUUGGGAACUCGCAUCAAACAGAAAGAUUCACGGAAGAUUUUGACUUCAUGGCAAUGAAUGAGAAAUUUAACAAGGAUGAAGUCUGGGGUCAUCUUGGCAAGAAUACCAAAUCUCAUCCGAAGUUCAAUGAUGGGGAUGAAAAAUUCAGUGAUGAAGACGAUGCCUAUGAAGAAGAUGAUGGUGAAUCGUCAAAGUUAGAGAUGAAGCCUGUGUACAAUAAGGACGACUUUUUUGAUACUCUCUCAUGCAACGCUCUUGACCAAGAAGCUCAAAAUGGAAGGAGGCCCAGAUACUUCGAACAAAUGAAGUUGGACACUGAGACAUUCGGCGAGUUUGCAAGAUUCCGAGGUGGUCGUGGUGGUUUUCAUUCUGGUCGUGGUGGCCGUCGUGGUGGUUAUUACGGGAGGGGCUAUGGCCAUGUUGGAAGGGGUCGAGGGCGGGGCAUGCAUAACUAUAACCAGUAGGUGCCCCUGAUUACGCUUGAAUUCUAUAGACAAAUGAGAGCAACUAAAUAUCUAGAGGAUCUGCAAUAACUUCUCCCCUUUAUACUGUUGUGCUGAAAUGAAUAGUAGAAUAUGUGGUUCUCUUUUUACUUCAGAGGCAUUGUUUCUGGCUUUUCUUUGUUAUAAAGGUGCAGACAUAGUUUUAAGAAGCAUUGGUGUUGUAGCCUCUCUGUCGACCCAUUAGAUGUACCAAAGGAGUUCUAUUGAGGCCUGACUGUUGACCAUUAUUUAUCAUUUUAUGCUCUCUUAAUUCAUAGCUUUUGGAAUAUUCCUUUAA